CCUAAUCCUGCCUCACCCCUUUUCAUCCCUGCCCCAUCCAUAUCCCUGGACCGCUCGCUCUCUACAACCCCCAGCUCCAGCUUCAUCAUCGGCCCAUAUCAACUGAGCUAAGAAAAGCAAACAACAAUGUCCAGCAGCGAGCGUUUUGACUGCCAUUACUGCAAAGACUCCCUGCUGGGGAAGAAGUACAUAAUGAAAGAGGACACGCAGUACUGCACUAAGUGCUAUGAGAACCUGUUUGCUAACUGCUGUGAGGGCUGCUCUCUACCAAUAGGCUGUAACUGCAAGGACUUGUCCUACAAGGAUCGCCACUGGCACGAGCAGUGUUUCAAGUGUGCAAAGUGCAGCCGCUCUCUGGUGGAAAAGGCCUUUGCAGCCAAGGAUGAUUUGUUGCUCUGCACUGAAUGCUAUGCCAAUGAUUAUUCCUCCAAAUGCACCACUUGCAAGAAAACUGUCAUGCCAGGUUCCCGCAAAAUGGAAUACAAGGGGAACAGCUGGCAUGAGACCUGCUUCCUGUGCCACCGCUGCCAGCAACCAAUAGGAACUAAGUCCUUCAUCCCAAAAGACACCAGCUACUUCUGUGUGCCCUGCUUUGAGAAGCAGUUUGCCUAUCAGUGCUGUGCUUGUAAGAAGGCCAUCACAACAGGUGGAGUGACAUACCAAGAAAAACCCUGGCACCGCGAAUGUUUCUUAUGCAUCAGCUGCAGAAAGCAGCUGUCCGGUCAGCGCUUCACUUCCAGGGAAAACUACCCCUACUGUCUUGAAUGCUUCAGCAACCUGUAUGCAAAGAAGUGUGUGGGCUGCACCAAGUCCAUCACUAGUCUGGCAGGGGCCAAGUACAUCUCUUUUGAGGAGCGCCAGUGGCACAGCGAGUGUUUCACCUGCAUGCAGUGCUCCGUGUCUCUGGUGGGACGCGGCUUCCUCACCCAGCGCGACAACAUCUUGUGCACCGACUGCGGCAGGGAGAAGUGACCUUUCCAUGAAAGGGUCACAGUUACAACAAGAGCUCAUAUUCUGAUACAGAUAUUGUGCAUCCAUGAAUAUUUCUUCAUAGCAUGCCUGGUACACAAACAAACUCUUAAUGCCAAAAACGUAUUUUUGUGUUAUUAAUGACCAUUAAUUCUCUCACAUUGCCCACACACAAAAAACUGUGACAAAGAUAAAGAUAUAUCUGUAAAGUAAAGUGGAAUUGUACCAUUGUUUUCUUUAUUUCAUUUUUUCCCCUCACAUACUUUCAUUUCUGAAAAGAAAAAAAUUAUGUUAACAUAUUAGAGGUGAUAGUGACUGGUCAAUUAAUAGAAUUCAUUUUAUUUUGAUAAUUGUUUAAUUGUUUCAGUCAUUUUUCAAGCAAAAAUCCAAAAUAUUUGUUUGUUACAGCUUUUUGUCUUAUAUGACAGUAAACUGAGUAUCUUUGGAUUUUUGGUUUUGAUUUAUCAACUGAUAAAGAAAAUAUUAUCAGUUUAAUUGACAAUUAAUUGAUUUUGGACUUGCAACAUAUUUCUCUUUAAUACAUUUCUGCUAUAUGCUUAAUAUACAUUGGUUAUGAUCUCCUAGAUAAAAGAUGUAUUCACACUGAGGAAACAAAACAUGCUGCAUGGUUUAAGCCUCUCUUUAAUGUGAAACGGUAAAGGUUGUUCCAAUAAAAACCUUUCUAUGUA